AACAUCUGGCUGGGACCCUCGAAUGUGCCAGGACGAGUCAGUUGAUUACACGUAUGUUAUUUAGUUAAAUUUGUGAAAAUUAUGAGAUGCUCACCAACCCGGUGAUAAACUCGCUUCCUCCCCAUUGGCUGGCCUGGUCACAUGGCCGCCCAACUUUAUUCAGUUGACAGCAAGUAGGAGGGCCCUAUGGAAGGAGAAAAAAAGACAACACGAGAAAAAUUAGUAUUUUCUACCUUCUGAAAUUAAUGGCCAUGAGUUCGUAUAUGGUGAACUCCAAGUAUGUGGACCCCAAGUUCCCUCCGUGCGAGGAAUAUGUGCAGGGCGGCUACCUAGGCGAGCAGGGCGCCGAUUACUACGGCGGUGGCGCACAGGGCGCCGACUUCCAGCCCCCGGGGCUCUACCCGCGGCCCGACUUCGGUGAGCAGCCUUUUGGAGGCGGCGGCCCCGGGCCCGGCCCGGCGCUGCCCGUGCGGGGUCACGGACAAGAGCCCAGUGGCCCUGGCGGUCACUACGCCGCUCAGGGAGAGCCGUGCCCUGCGCCCCUGCCCGCGCCCCUGCCCGGCGCCCGGGCCUGCAGCCAGCCCGGCGGCCCCAAGCAGCCGCCCCCCGGGACGGCCCUCAAGCAGCCGGCCGUGGUCUACCCCUGGAUGAAGAAGGUGCACGUGAAUUCGGUGAACCCCAACUACACCGGAGGGGAACCCAAGCGCUCCCGGACGGCCUACACCCGGCAGCAAGUCCUAGAACUGGAAAAGGAAUUUCAUUUUAACAGGUAUCUGACGCGGCGCCGUCGGAUCGAGAUCGCUCACACCCUGUGUCUAUCCGAGCGCCAGAUCAAGAUCUGGUUUCAGAACCGGAGGAUGAAGUGGAAAAAAGACCACAAGCUGCCCAACACCAAAGGCAGGUCGUCGUCUUCAUCUUCCUCCUCCUCCUCCUCCUGCUCCUCCUCAACCGCCCCGGGCCAGCAUUUGCAACCGAUGGCCAAGGACCACCACACGGACCUGACGACCUUAUAGAAGCGGGGAGCCGGGGCCCAUCCCUCCCUGCACUCCAGGCUGAGCCGAGGCUGCAGGGGCAGGCUGGGCCUGCUGUCACCUCGCUGGGCUCUAAGGUACUGUGGGGGUGGACCUGGGACCCCCCCCCCCCAAGGCUGCCCUCGGACCAGGUUAGCAUCCUGCCCGGGCAGCCCCCUCCCUAGGGCGGGAUGGGAGUGGGAGGGCAGCGGGAUAUUCUCUCUCUGAGGAUAUUAUCAGGCGGCAGGAGCUACUGAGAAAAAGUAAACUCUUGGUGAGUCAUUAAACU